AUGACGAUCGUCAUGCCCUUGUAUUCUUUAGUCAACCGCAUCGGCGCGAUGGCCUUAGAAGUAGCUUCAGAGCCGUCUCCACAAGCCCACUUUGAACUGUUGCAAAUGAUUGACCAGCUUAGGUCGGCAGUGGAAACCCCGACAGAGACAGUUUUGUGUCUAAUCUACCAGCCUCCGCAAAAUGCUGCGUUGCGCACCGUGAUUGAGUUGGGUAUCUUCGCCGUGCUGGUGGAGAAGCGGCACAGAGAGACGGGAGUCUCUGCCACUCAACUGGCCGAAUAUACGGGCGCAGACCCUGAUUUGAUUGUCCGUUUGAUGCGUGUCAUGACAGCGCUCGGGCUUUGUUCCUUGUCCUCGGAGGCCUAUGUUGCCAGUGAGAAGACGGUGGCGCUCACCCAGCCUAUUGGCAGAGAUGGAAUCCCAUGCAUAUAUGACCUCACGGUUCCAACCCUCAGCAAAUUGCCCGAGUACCUCCGAUCCCAUGAUUAUGCCAAACCCCAGGAGUACACUCACUCACCCAUGAAAUGGGCGGUUGGCCAGAGUCAGUUUGAAUGGCUGGGGAGUAACCAACAGCAGCAAACGCUCUUCAACUCCUACAUGGCUAGCCGUCGCGAGGGCAGACCGAUGUGUUUCAACACAUACCCUGUUGAGCGAUUGCUUGGCCAUGCGGUGCCAUUUGAAGACACUGUGUUCCUGGUCAAUAUUGGCGGAAACCAGGGUCAUGAUUUGAGAAAUUUCCGGAGAGAAUAUGGUCAUUUGCCGGGAAAACUAACCCUACAAGACUUGCCCAGCGUGAUCGAAGGGGUGUCUAGUCGAGACGCUGGGGUCCAGGUGAUGGGAUACAGCUUCCUGGGUCCUCAACCUGUCAAAGGAGCGCGUGUGUACUACUUCCGGGCCAUUUUCCACGACUGGCCUGACGACAUUUGCCAGCAAAUCUUGCGUACCACCGUGUCGGCUAUGGCCCAGGACUAUUCGCGCAUCAUCAUCGUGGACUUUGUUUUGUCCGACACUAAACCCCCUCUGAUGCAGGCUUCGCUGGAUAUCCAGAUGAUGAGUAUUGGAGCUGGGGUCGAAAGAUCGGAGGGACAGUGGAGAGAUCUGCUGCACAGCGCUGGGCUGCGAAUUGCUGGCAUUUGGAACCAGAGCCCAGGGAUGGAGUCGGUGAUUGAAGCUGUUCCCAUUACGACGUAG